AGCACGUAUAUACCGUGCAGUGCGGUUCUCUCUGCCGUCUGUUACCUUUUCUUCCCGCACCUUCCCUGUUGAAUGAGUGAAAAGCCUCCGCUUGUCGCCGGCGCUAACAGCAAUGGCUAUCGUGGCAAGGGCAUUUCCUGGGCUCACCUUCGGCACCACGCCGUCAUCUGCUAUGGACAGCACGAAGAGGACCCUGGCUAAGGAGGCUGGCUUGGCGCGAUGCUGGCAGUCUUUUGACGUUGCGGCCAGCAAUGUUAAAAUUACUUCAGAAAUUAAGGAGGAAGUUCGCCGUCACGGAAUUCCCAAAGGCAUACGGGCGGAUGCCUACUUCGCGCUCUCGGGAGCCUCCAGCCUCCAACAGGAGCACGCGAACACGUACACGUCAUUAGCUGCGAGCACCUCCAACCUCAGCGACGAAGUCAUCUUUGGGGUAGAGGAUGACGUUCGCAGCGCACGGCUGGUCUUCAAGGACAGCCCCCUGUUUGCAACGGCCAAAGGCGCAGAGGUGUUAUCACGCCUUAUCUUUGCCUACAUUCAGCGGAAUCCAGCAUGCGGGUACUUCAAGGGUCUCGCGCACAUUGCCGCCCUCCUGUUAGCCACGUUUGGCAAGCAACGUGAAGAGCAGGCGUUUUGGACGCUUGUUGCGCUUCUGGAGCGGCGGUUGUUUCCCCACUGCGGCGGCCAGGUGCCCACUGGCUCCCGAGUGGAGGUCCAAGUCCUGAAGGUGCUGCUAGGGCAGCGGCAGCCGGCGCUUGCAGCGCAACUCGCCAAGCUGGAUUCCGACGCGGUUGAGAGCCUUUGCAACAGCUGGCUCUCCACCGCCUUCACACGAACGCUGCCGCAGGAGGUGGUGCUGCGCAUCUGGGACUGUGUGGUGGUGGAGGGCCCCAAGGUGGCGCUCAGGACCGCCAUGGCACUCAUCAAGAUGUGCGGCAGCAGCAUCCAAAGCUGCACCACCAUGCCUGUCCUCUGCCGCGUCGUGGAGGGCCGCCUCGCCCGCCACAGCGACGCGGACGCGCUCCUGUCUGUCGCCUUCAAGGGCCUGGGCAGCCUCAGCGGCUCCAACGUGGAUUCCAUCCGUAACCGCGUGCUGGCCAACAUGCAGAGCCAGCAGAAGACGCGGUCGGGCCUUCCAGCACCCCUGGGCGCAGGCGCCGCCAGUAGCCUCCUUGCGGCUGCCACGGCCAGCAACCUGGGUGCCAACAGCACCAGCAGCAGCGGAGAGUCGGUCGUCAACAGCGCUCCCCGCCGGAGCAGCAGCGGAGGCAGCAGCGGCAGCCUCAGCCUCAACGGCUACCACAAAACGGCCAGCAGCGGCAGCCUGAGCGGCUACAACAAGGCGAGCUACAGCGGUAGCAGCAGCACGGGUAGCCGGCCGGCGAGCAAGCAGGGCAUGUCAUGGCCGACCGUGAAGAGCACCGGGGCGCUGGCGGGCAUGGCUUGAGGUGGUGAGGUGGUUGCGGGUUAUCCUGGGACUACCUGGGGAGGUCAACGGAGGAGGUGUUGGCGCCACGGCUAGAGUCCACGGUGUGUUAUGCGAUUGCGGUUUUGGAAGAUGGAGGUGGUUUCGAGGUGUUGAAGGAUGGGAAGAUUUGGGCGUUGUCGCCCCUUCAUUUAUCGACGGCAUGUGACGUUGGGUUGUGGCUGUCUGGUUCUCCAUCAUCGUAACUGUUACGGGAAGGCGCCGUAUACUGGUACCUAAACAGGUGGUGGUCAGUUGUAAUACUUCACCCGCAUGGUAUGAUACCAUUGUAUGCUGCUUGCCAGGGUACACAGGUUUUCAACGGUUUAUUUGUAUGACUUCACUUUUGACGCAGGAUGUGCUAGGUCUCCUGGUUACCGUGUGGCCGAGAAGGGACGGUUAGCUGCUUGCCUGUGCUUGAGCUCUGUGUGGCUCGAUUAACUGUUUCCUCAGCCCGUUACCCUUCCAAGUUUACUUGCCGAAAAGGCCCCUAAAACGGUAACUGGGUUUGCAUGGAGAUUCAUGAUGACCAUGUAACGUUGCAACCUUCUUGAUGGCAGUCGUGGUGGGGAGGACUUAACGUACGCGGUUUGCUACGAACGCUUUUAUGUGAUUGGUCUGCGGUGAUGGUAGCGCACUGCAUGUUGGUCUGCCUGCCACAACGGAGUAUGCUGGGAGGUGUGUGACUGGGAAGUGAUGGGGACGUUCGUGCCUGGGACGUGAUGGAUGUAUCCUUUGACUCCUUUGACAUUCGCAGGACACGACUGCGUCUUGGUUUUCAGGUGCCCGCCUGUAAAGGCAAGAUGACGCUGAUGUUGUCUCGGAAGUCCAACUCAUAUACCGUUAGAAGUCGUCUGGCGCAAACCAGGAGCCAGGGCAGUCGGUUGGAGGUCAUCUAAUGCGAACGCCUGUGUUUCGCAUCGGUCGUUAGUGACAUCUUAAAACACGAGGAGGUUACAUUGUGAACAUGCCCCCAACCCUGUACCACCGGACAUUCCUCCCCAACCAG